AUGGCUCCUGAUGUUACUAGAGCUUUGGAAUUAAUAGACGCAGCUCACAAAGAAGACCCCAACGUUGUCAACAUCAAUGGCGAGAGGAUACCCUACGAGCUCCAUUACGCCCAGAAGAUGACCAACUUCCUCGACCUUCAUACUCCUGGCGCCGAUCCUCUUGUCGCGACGGCUGCUCGAGCCCAGCACUUCCGCCGCUGGGAAAUACCGCGAGACACUUACCCACGUACGAAGGCCGGUUACUUCGCCUGGCGCACGUUCUUGAAGAAGCGCCAGGCUGAACAGGUCAAGGAGAUAUGUUUGGACUGCUCGUACAGUGAGGAAGAGGCCAGCAAGGUGGCAGCUCUGAUAGCCAAGGAGGACCUCAAGAAGGGAGAAGGUAAGGGCGACGCCGACGCACAGGUCAUCGAGGAUGUCGCAUGUCUGGUGUUCCUAGACGAUCAGUUCGACGAGUUUGAGAAGGGCCAUGACGAGGAGAAGAUCAUCUCAAUACUGCAGAAGACGUGGGUCAAGAUGGGCGCGAGAGGGCAGGAGUUGGCCUUGAACAUGGAUCUGAGCGGAAGGGCAAAGGAGCUGGUGGGCAAGGCGUUGGCUGGGUAG